AUGGCUGCUACGUUGUCCUCCGCAAGCCUUCUAUAUGCGACCCUUGCGCUGUUGACUCCUCAGCAGGCAGCGCCAUCCUAUUCUGCACUUUUGAGCCUGUCGGAAAACAUUUCCUGUAAGGUGACCCCCGAUGAUGCUGCCUGGCCGUCCACCUCCACCUGCACCGUUUCUCUGGCGGCAUAUUGUUAUUCGUCAUGGCCCGAAUACGACAGUACGAAAUGCAAGGUCGUCUCUGAUAAUUGGACUGUCUCAUACAUCCAGGACGCAGGACAUGUCUCAACUGGUGACUCCUCUGCCACCUGCACGGUGGGUGGACACAGUCGAACUGCCGUCAAUGUGAGCUCGGUCGCCCAGAUUCAGUUGGCCGUCAACUUCUCCCGUAACACAGGUAUCCGUCUGGUCGUCAAAAACACUGGUUAUAUCUUCAAUGGCAAAUCUACCGGUGCCGGAGCUCUCGGCAUCUGGACCCUGAAGAUGGGCGUGGGCGUCCAGGCCUCUGAGAUAUACGCGAUGGCCAAGGAGCUGGGCUUCACUGCGGUCGGUUGUGAAAGCAAGUCUGUCAGUGUCGCGGGUGGUUUCGUCCUAGGCGGUGGUCCCUCGCCCAUGUCGAGUAUCUACGGAAUGGCUGCAGACCAAGUGCUCGCUCUUGAAGUUGUUCUGGGAAAUGGAUGCUUUGUGACCGUAACGGCGGAGACGAAUCUGGAUCUCUUUUGGGCUCUCCGCGGUGGUGGUGGCAAUACCUACGGCAUUGUUACCUCGAUCAUUUCCCGCAUUCACCCCAAGGUCGGUGUGACAACUUCAACCUUCAACUUCGCCAUCAGCGGCAAUGUCACUGAGGACACCUUUUGGGCCGGGGUCCGCGCCUACGUGGAUCGAUUCGCAGUCAACGCCGACGCCGGCACCUACGCCCACUUCUGGGACAAACUCUUCAAUGCCCUGAUGCACCCAUGGUUCGAUGAGCUCGACCAUCUUGGCAUCCCAUAUACUCCCGACACGAAAUAUCGUGGUAACUCCUACGACGCCUGGGACGUCGUCUUCCCUCUGGAGGCCGUCGCCUCCACGACCAUGGAGGACGCCAGCCUCCUGAACAAGACCUUCGACGCGCUCAAGAUCACUGUCACGGCCGGAUACACGCUCACUGCGUUCAGCUCGAAGGCUGAGCUGGCAGACGGCUACCCGGAGAGCUUUGCUAACCCGGCCUUCCGCAAGACGCACCUCCACGCCAUUACCUCCACCAGCUGGAUUGCCAACUACAUGAAUACCCAGAUCCACGGUCGGAUGGAGCAUUUUGCCAACGCGGGAGCUUACAUGUUGAAGGCAAACACUCUGGAGCCGAACUUCCAGCUGUCGUUCCACGGCUCGAACUAUGAGCGGCUGUACAAAAUCAAGCAAAAGUACGGCCCCUCAGGACUGCCCUAUGCACCACCGGAUCAAGUCGGUCUUCCGGAUCUGAACGGACGCUUGUGUCGUGUCUGA